AUGUCUACGACGGUCAAUGGACAUGCCUCCCGUGGCGAGGCGGUCCUCGUCGUUACGACCACGACCUUCGUUCUCGCGACUGUAUUUGUGGUUUCUAGACUCUUCAUUGCUUUCGGAUUAUCGUUUACGAUCGAUUAUGCGACUUCGAAAGGACUGGGUAGACAUGAUGUCGAUAUACCAGCAUCAUGGCAGUCUGCGUUGAGGAGAAGCGAAUAUGCCUUUACGAUUCUAUAUAACCCUGCAUUGAUGGCAACCAAGACAUCGAUCCUGAUAUUCUACCUCCGCUUGUCGAAGAAUACGCAGAAUGUCCUUCGAAUCGCUUCGUAUGUUACACUUGCAGUGGUCAAUGUCGCGGGCGUGGUUCUCACAUUCAUGAAUGCGUUUCAAUGCAGUCCGGUGAGUGCUGCAUACGAUCCAGCGCAGACGAGCAAUCAGUGCAUCUCUAUUACGACUCUAUACCUCUGUUCAGCACCCGUCAAUAUCAUUACCGACCUUGCGAUUUUGGUUCUCCCGAUCCCAGUCCUCACCGGCGUGCGAUUGCCUCAACGGCAGAAGACGAUUUUGGUGUUCACGUUCGCGUUGGGUGUUUUCGUCACUAUUGUUGAUGUCAUUCGCAUUUACUAUCUCCAGCAAGCUGUGGAUAAUCAAGUAGUGGCACACCAACAGCUUGGAACUGGGACGGACUUCGCCUGGAAUGCAAGUACGGCUUUGAUGUGGUCUGCUGUCGAGGUAAAUGUGGGGAUCAUUUGUGCCUGUAUCCCGACAUUGAAGCCGCUCAUAAAACGUAUCUUGCCAUCACUGAUCACGGAUCGCAUCGGCUCUGGGACAGCGACAGAUAAAACUAUAUCAUUUUCGUCGCAAGUUCAAGGAGGAUCCGGAAAUAGUCAUCAAAUGGACCCUGUUGCCGCUCCGGUUCCAUCUCUACCACCUGCUCAUGAAGGUGCAGAUCCAGAAGCUGAAAUGGACAUGAUGGAUUUCCUCACUACUCCUGGAAUGCAGCCCGGUACGAUGAACCGUUCGGAAACUGUGCAUACUCAGAACACUGACAAUACCGUCUAUUUCGGCUUUGUCAACAUGAGACGACCGAAGAGUAUGCUCAAGACGAAGGAUAUGGAAUCUUUCAAAUACUGCACUAUUGUUACGAUCCUCUUCUUCCUUUGGGGCUUCUCAUACGGACUUUUGAAUACACUGAACGAUGAAAUCGCAAAUAUUGCUGGCGAGAGCACUGCAGAAAGACUAGGGCUCUCUACCGCUUAUUUCGGGGCAUACUUGUUUGGUGGGUUGACGAUUGGCCAGUGGGUUCUUCGAAAAGCUGGAUUCAAGGCGACUUUUAUUGUUGGCCUUUGUAUCUACGGUACAGGAACAUUAAUGUUCUGGCCUUCGGCAGUUUUGACAUCUUUCCCUGGAUUUAUAUUGUCUAACUUUGUGGCUGGACUCGGACUAUCCAUUCUGGAAGCGGCGGCAAACCCUUUCAUUGCACUCUGUGGACCUAGCUAUCAUUCCGAAUUUCGACUUCUACUUGCUCAGGGAGUGCAAGCUAUUGCUUCGAUCUUGAGUCAACUUCUAGCCCAGGACGUCCUCUUCGCGGCUAUUGGACCUGACAAUGUUGGACUCCUCGAUGUUCAAUGGGCUUAUCUCGCAAUCGCACUCUUCACUGUGAUCUUAGCCUUAUUCUUCUACUACAUGCCUCUGCCAGAAGCCACAGAUGCCGACCUCCAACAACAAUCUGAGGACCUAGGUAUUUACAAGGCGCAAACAAUUCUCAGAGGCAAACUUCCCCUAAUCUACACUACGCUCGCCCUUGCCAUCUUCACAAACUUCGUCUAUGUUGGUGGUCAAGAAGCACUGUCUGUUUGGUUCGGCGCUCUUCUGGAUUCUGUCGAAGUAAAAGAUGGAGGAGGUCUUACCCUAUCAGUUGACAACUAUACACUUGUCGGCCAUGCAACAUUCGCCUUCGGUCGCUUCUUCUUCGCUUUCCUCUGCCUCAUCAUUGCUCCUCGCAUUCUUCUUCUAGUCAGCUUUAUAGGCUGCAUAAUAUUCGCCUGUCUUACCAUGUCCCUCUCGUCAGGCGCCAAUUCCGUCGCAGGUCCGGCACUUGUGUUCUUCUUCUUCGAAGGUCCGAUCUUUCCACUCGUGUAUGCCAUCGGUCUGAGAGGUCUGGGGAGUUUCACGAAGUGGGGUGCGUCAAUUCUCACUGCUGCGACGUCUGGAGGCGCUGUUUUCACUUGGGUUAUGUUCGCAGUUCAGAACCUGGACAAGAAGAGUGUGGAGCACAGUUAUUGUGUGAUUGUUGCUCUGUACGCUUUCGGGAUAUUAUAUCCUAUAUACCUCAAUUUCGUCCCGAUGGCUAGACACCAAGUCGAUCCUUCCAAAGACGACCACGGAUUACCCAUCGGGGAUCGGAGAAGGAGUAGCAGUGGACGGGAUUCACCGAUCAGGAGAUUCAGUCGGAGGUUUAGUACUAUUUUCGAGAUGAUCAAGGUUCCCAAGGGAGGAAGGGAGAGCGAAGAUGGGUUCGUGGAACAUAGGGAGAGGAGGGGGAGCAAGAACUGAUCUCUCUUCUUUCACCGUCUAGCGAUUUAGCGAGCAUUGGGUCGGUUGGCGUUUCAAGGCGUCGGGUAUCCAGGCUUGGGGAUUGCUUUUGGACUCUUUUUUUGUAUAUUUUAUCGGGAUUGGAUAUAUGGGAUGGGAAAAUCACAGUCUCGGUCGAACAGUACUGUUGGUUUGGUUAAUCGGCGUAUGCGGUUUGUAUCUUUUUGGGGAAUGGGAAUAUGUUUAUAGGAAUCGGAUGGACGGAGUGAAUGGUGUAUAUAUUUUAUU